AGGGGGAAACGUUAGAUGUUCCAAGUCGCGUCCAGCGAUGCGGGACAUCUGUGUCUGAGACGGUGAAAACAAAUACGGAAACACUUAGUUUCGAAUCAAAUCCAUCUUCGGGGGAGAAGUUGAUUCUCUGAUAUGAGUCAGCCAGCAAAAAGAGCCUAUUACAGGUUUCUGGUCCUAUUUUUCAACUGUCUGCUGAAUUUCGGUUUCUAUUUCUGCUUUGACAUUCCAAGUGUGCUUCAGGAGCAGUUCCAGGGGAAUCUCACUUGUCUUAAUGUGAUAAAUGGCACAACAGAUUGUGUGGAGGGACUGGGAAUGACCCCAGAGCAGUAUAACCUUCUCUAUGCAAUCUAUGCAUGGACAAAUGCUGUGGUGGUGAUACUGGCUGGUUUCUUCAUAGACAAACUGGGAAAUUGCGUUAUUCAGGACCUAUUCAUCGCUUUCUGGUUCAAAAGUAAGGAGCUGUCAUUGGCUUUUGGACUAUUGAUGGCCUUCUCCCGUUUUGGCAGUGUCCUCAACUUUUUAUUAACCCGGUCCUUGGAAGCACGAUUUGGGAUUCAAUGGACUCUUUGGGGAGGAACUCUGCUGUGUGCCCUUAGCUUUGUGUCAGCCAUCAUUGUUUGCAUCCUGGAUAGAAAUGGGACAAAACAACUGGGACUGGAUGGUGUCCUCCAGCAGGAAUCCAAGAAAAUGAGGCUACAGGAUAUUUGUCAUUUGUCUCUCCACUACUGGCUGCUGGUUCUCACCAUCAUGUUCUUCUAUAACGGAAUCUUUCCAUUUAUUGCUGAUGCCACCAUGUUUAUUCAGGAUAAGUAUUCUGGGUACAGUCACCAAGAAGCCUCCUACAUCACUGGUGCUGUGUUCGAUAGCUCGUUGAUUCUAGUACCCAUAGCUGGAAUCCUCAUUGAUUACGUAGGAUUGAGAGGAAUAUUUGUCAUGAUGUGCGCUAUGUUGACAAUUCCAGUUUUUGCACUCUUGGCAUUCACCUUCGUGCCACCAUUGGUUUGCAUGAUAUUGCUGGGAGUCACCUACUCAUUUGCUGUUGCAAGUCUGUGGACAUCCAUCAUCGUAGUAGUGUCUCUGGCAAAUCUUGGGACAGCUUCAGGAAUCGCAAUUUCAGUGCAAAUGAUUGGUGUUGGUAUUUGCAACCUGAUAGUUGGACAGAUCCUUGGAAGCAAAUUCAGUGACUCGAAGAUCCCAGUGUGGCACUGGAGACAGAUGAUGAUCUUCAUGCUGGCCAAUAUCAUCUGCUGUUUGAUCACCUCCAUCAUUCUCAAUAUAGUGGACACAAGCCAGGGUAACAUUUUGAACAAAAUCACCAAGCAUUCCGAAGCUACAAAAGAGGAAAAUCAAGAAGCAUUAGAGACAGCUCUUCUGCUAACAGACAGAGGCAAUGAAGACAAAAUAGGCAAUGAAGACAAAAUUGACAAUGAAGAACAGUUUCCCUGUUUUGGCUUAAGAGAGAAAAUGAACGAUUCUCCAGAUUAGCUGAUGCCUUUUUUCAAUUGAAGUGCUAUUCUACCAGUAUGAUCAAUUGUUACAUGUCAAAUGUCAAUCACAAGGCAAUAAUAGUUUUUAGCUGAAUUUGAGACAUUUCUAUUAAACCUAAUAAUGUCAACAGUCCCAUAAUAAUUUUCAACAAAUACUGUAAUCUGUUGGGUGGUGUUUGCCACCUGCUUCAGCCUUUAUAGCCACUAUAUGGGUAAUUGACUAUAUGUUGGGAUUGCUAGUGGAGGGGGAGUUGUUGAUACAGGACCAUAGUUAGCCUUUUACUGUUAUCCUGGAAUGGAAGAAGCUUUGGGUUUCUGUUGCUCUGUGCCAAACCUGAUUUAGGUUUCAGUGUAUUAAGAUCACAAAAGGGAAUAUUUGUACUUCUAUAAGUCUGUCAUGUAAAUUAGAGAUGUCAAACUUUGGCAUAUCCUAAUAUAUUGAGGAGUAUGAAACAGCUACUUUGAGAUAUUACUAUUAUAAUGUUACUUUGACUACUUUUGACCUAAGGGAAAAAUAACUCCACUUUAAAAAUACUUGGGAAGUCCUACAUAGCAACAUCAAAGUUCACUGCAUUUGCUCUCACACAGGUCAUGUAGUGUUACUUUGACUACUUCUGACCUAAGAAAAACAUUUCUGUGCAAGUGAGAUAGAACUGUAUGUGUUCAUAUAUUUUUAUAAUUCAAGAAUGAUUGAACUACAUUUUACACAAAUUAAACACUAUUGCUAGGACCAUUUUAUGAUCAGUUUGCACACCGCAACUAGACAUGACUCAUUCACACAAAUGCUGCACAAUCAUCCUUAAUCAAUAUUUCAUUAAAAUUAUUGACAUUCCAAAAAUCAAAGUUUUCAACUUCUGAGUUCCUUAAUCUGCACCCUCAUGUUAAUUUGUGGAGUUUGCAUUCUGUAUUCUUGAAUCUUGUAUUCUGUCCAAUUCCACAUUGGUUCUGUGUAUUGCCCAGCAUUCCUGCAGACACGGACACACUCGAGCUACUGGUUUGGUUUCUGCUGAAAAUUAAAACUUAAAAGGUAAA